GUGACCCUUGCCCCCUAUCAUAGAGGAAAGUCAACAGCAGUUACCCUUGGUCGACCUUGAUCUCCCUAUCACAGAUUAACAUAAAUUAUUUAUUCUGUGUACCCAGUAUCACUUCCGAGUCGGCGUGAUAUUUUUAAAUGUACAAUUAUGAAUUAUCAAAUUAUGUAAUUCAUUUUGUUGGAAAGAAGGAAAUACAACAGCCAUUCUGCUGUCAAACAAUUUGUUCUUAAAGUCUGAUCUAUCAAUUUAAAAUGAAAGGAAGAAUAACAGUAUAUUCAAUAACUGGCUGUCCGCAUUGUAUUCGAGCGAAGAAUAGACUUCGUGAGCUCGACUUAAAGUACGUUGACAUUAAUUUGGAAGUGUAUACAAACAGUCGAAGUGAGAUGAAACAGCGAACGGGACGAAAAACUGUGCCUCAAAUAUUUUUUAAUGCUAAACAUAUCGGUGGGUUUGCUGACUUCGAUGCUUUGGUGAGUAAUGCAUGGUAUUUUACAGUGUUUCUUAUGUAACUUGUAAUAUAUUAUAUAUAUAUAUAUAUGACAUCUAAAUAUGUUUGACUUGCCGUGACUCUGGUUAAAAAUUAAUAACUCUUCGCCUUGAAUAUAUCACUAAUAAUAUAAUAUUAGGUUUAGGGUAGCUGUGUGGGUUUAGGACACAGGGUUUAGGAUAUACACUCAAGGAUACCAGAACAGAGGGGGCAGCCCCUCUUGCUUUUUGCUAGGAGGGGCAAAGGGGCAGAAGUGCCCUUUGAGUUAUAAAUUACUACCUGCUAAAUCUUAUUUCCGGUGAUGCUUUUUGGGCAAAGUCAUGAGGUGUGAUCUUGAAUGUAAGUGCAUUUGCGCAGUUAUAGUUCCUUGAGUAUAGGCUUUAUUGCUAAAACACAGAACAGCGAUCGUCAAUGAAACGUGCACAAUCAGGCUCUCAUUGACAAGUCAACACAUCUUCUUCUGUUAUAUCUUCUCCGGGGUCUAUAGAGGUGCCCUUUGGUGUGCGUUUGCCCCCCUUGCCUUUUUAUAAUGUUCUGGCAUCCCUCAGUGUACAGUAGAUCUAAGAUUGAUCUGCUUAACCGGACAGCCAGGUAAGCGGGAUGAAUUUUGCUUGUGUUUGCAUGAGAAAAUUCCCAGAAGUUGAUCCAUAUGAUGAAUCAUAAAAUGUCUUGCUAUUAAUUAAUGCUAUAUAUAUAUCUACAUUCUAGAGUGCCAGUGAAUUGGAUGAAUUGAUUAAACAUGUGAAUGAAAAUGAAGCACCUGAUGAUGCACCACAGAUACCGCAAGAGCCGGAGAACCAGCAAGGUAUAGCAAGAUAAUUAUAC